GAGUUGCAGGUUCCUCUGGAGUGGGAACAGCUUUCCUGGUUGUGGCCGGCGGCAGAUUGCGACCUGAGGCUGGGCCCCUGUCAGACUCGGUGUGUCUGUGAUCCGCUUCAGGGAGCAGGCUCUCUCGCUGCGGAUCAGGUGCGAGCGCCAGGUACAGAGAGAGAGAGAGAGAGAGCACAGCCCGCUCAGCAACAGGGAGGGGUCCGAGAGUAUUGCAACUCUCCGCACUCUGAACAAGCCAAACGUCCCAGCUUCAGAUCCACCGAGCUGGCUGUGCAGGUUGCAGCAGCAGCAGUGAUUGUGACAUGGCACACCGUUCUCAGUGUUCGACUUUGGGUGAUGUAGAUAAUGAUCCCAGUUAUGUCCCACCUCACUACAAGGAGUAUUACCGCAUUGCCGUUGAUAUCCUCGCUGAGGAGGGAAUCGAUGCUUACUACCAUUUCCUGGCAGAAGAGAAAGAGGUGGAUUUUCUCAGCAGCACUGAGAUCGAGCACAUUAAUAAGCACCUGAAGAAACCUCUAGUACCUUUGGAUGAGCUUCAGUUUAUUGGAGGUGACUAUGAUGAAUCAGACUCAUCAGGCACCUAUUGGCCAGUUCAAACUGACAUUGCUGCGCCAGCACUGGAUCUAGGCUGGCCGAAUAUUCACAUGUGCAGGGGACCCUCUGAUGUUACUAUUUUUGUGCAUCCACCAGCGCCUGACACGCUCAGCAUCAAGGAGGAAUUCAGGAGACUCAUCAGAUCAGCUACCCAGGUUAUCGCAAUUGUAAUGGAUAUUUUCACUGAUCUUGAUCUGUUUGCUGAGGUGCUGGAGGCUGCAAGUCGUGGGGUUCCUGUCUACCUCCUGUUGGAUGAACUGUUGUCUCAUCACUUUCUGGACAUGGUCAAGAAAUGCCAAGUGAAUCUGAGUCACAUGCACUUCCUGAGAGUGAGGACAUUAACAGGAUCAACCUACACCUGCAAAUCUGGGAUGUCUUUUACUGGCAGCUUGAUAGAACGAUUCAUGCUGGUGGAUUGUAAUGCAGUUCUCUGUGGUUCCUACAGCUUUAUGUGGUCCUUUGAGAAGAUUCAUCGCAGUAUUGUUCAACGAUUUCAGGGAGAACUUGUAGCAAUUUUCGAUGAAGAAUUUCGAAUUCUUUUUGCCCAGUCUCACCCUCUCCCUGGUGUAGAGAAUCUCAUGCCAGAACCAGAUAAUUUUUACACAGUGAAAUCAUACCAGCCUACAGACAGAUGGCGACGCAAACAAAUCCCUAGAUUUAAGCAUCAAGAGGACAUGCUUUCACAGCAUUCUGGUUAUUCCUGGGCAGACCCGGAUCGUGAUCAGUUUGGCCACAGUUUUAGACAGAAUGAUGUCUACAGGCAAAACAAGGAGGAAGUUGGCAUUAGAGGCUUCAUGAGACAGUUUACACAUAUUCAACAGGAUGAUUUUCGGUUUGAUCCUACAUCCAGUGCUGUUAUGAGAGCAAAGCAGAUGGAAAUUAAUGCAUUUAAAAGGAGAAGUUACGCAGAAGGGACUUUUGAAAGUUAUGAUUCCAUGGAACGUAGAUAUGGAAGAAUAAGUGAGCAUUAUGAUGAAUUAGAUGCUAGAUCUGAGCAAUUAUUCAGAGAAAAGAGGUAUCCUUUGGAGCCUGGAUUAACAAGGAAUAGGUUCAGCUCAUUUAACACUAAGCAUGUAAAGGAUGGCCUGGGAAUACUUGAACGAUUUAGACAAAACAGAACAACUCAGCAUCAGUACAAUGAGUCAGCAGAACAACCGAGGCACUGGUACGAUCUAAAGAAUCGUGAAGAUUCCUGUCUGACUGGUUUACCGCUCCAUCCACUUCCGGCAAACUAUGAACCUUCCAACUCCUCCAAAGAGGUCCGGCAUGGUUCAAGUGAUCUUGAUCCAGUAGGUGAUGGAAGGCUAGGGCAGAAAAUACAGAAGCGCCCCAACAUUGGCCAAUCAUAUGCCUGUCAAAAGUCACCAACUCAGAAACAGGUUCUGGAUCCAAAAAUGCUUUUCACAGAGUCCAGUCUGGGUCGAAAGUCUGAUGAUCAACCCACCAAACAUGGGCUGAGAAGAUGGAGAAUUGGCUCCUAUUUCAGUUAUCAGGAUGAGCACCCCGAGCAGCUUGAAGAUGAUGUUCCUGCACCACAUGAAUCUCAGAGCAACAAUGAAGUGCUUCAUGAUUCAAGGCAAAACACAACACCUUUAGAGAAACCCUUGUUCAGAGAACCUACACAUAUUACAAGUUUUAAACGUUUGGAUCUCUAUAACUCAAAGUCUCCAAAAGCAGACUUAACUGAUGACCAAUCUCUUUCAUCGGAUAAAGGAUAUGAGGAGCGGAAUAUGAAGUUGGCAAAACAUGAAUCCAUGCGUAGUAAACUCAACCCUAUGUUACAAAGGAGCUCCAGACUGCGUUCUUCACUGAUCUUCAAUAAUUCCAAAACAGAACAACACAUUGCACAAAAAGGGAAAGGAAUCCGGAGCAUCAGGGAGCAGAAACAGGAAGAAGAAAAGGAACCUGAAGGGAUUCAGGAAUCUAAAGCAGCUGCAGAUUUGCAGGAAAAUAGUAGCAAUGACCAAACCAAACUAAUCCAACAUUCAAUGCCUGACAAAAACUUGCCAAAUGAAACACCCAAAACAUUUGAACCAAAUCCCAAAGAGGUUUUUAUUGGAAAACCACUAGAUUUGGACCUGGGUAGGCAGCAGACUGACUCUGCUUUAGGUGGUCAUGACCCAGACACUCAAACGAGUGACCAACAUAAAGCAAGGCCAAAAGUAGACCUUCAGCUGAGCAAAAAGGUACAAGAUGCCAUUAACAAAAUGACCCAGCGUACAUCAUUAUUAAAAGAAAUUAAAACACCACAUGUCGUACCAUCAGCAAAGACUGAAAAGCUGCCUCUGGACAAACCAGAAAAGGCCUUUAAUUCUGUAGCUGGGCAGCAAGGACCCCCACCCUCUCAGCUAGCUAUUGAGGCUUUGCAGCCAGGAUUCCCACCCUCUGAAUCAGCUACUCCAAAUAAAGCUGGCAAUCCCCAAAGAUCCUCUUCUACCUCAAAAUUGGAAGAUACUGAUGGCAAUUUAGCAAAGAUUAAGAUGCAUUCAUCUGCUGUGUGUCUGGACACAAGAGAGAGUAAAGAGGAUGAGACAGGAGAGGAAUCUGCAAUUUUAAAUUCCAUUUCAAAGAGUCCUUCAAGGUGGAAAGGUUCUCUCAACCUUCCUGGUGAUACAAAAUCAAAAGAAAUGCGCAGCAAUGUAGAUGUAGGGCAACCUCUGACUCCAGCCAUAGAAAAUAAGAAUCCUGAAAAGCCAUCAAAAAUGAUCCAUAGUGAGAUGGUACUUGCCAACUCCGAGAAAGAGGAGAAACCACGUAGGACUCCAGUCAACCCCACUGCGCCCAAAGGUUUACAAACAAUCCAAGGGAGCAGGUUUUCCACAUCUACCUCCAAUGCCCUUUACAGCAGCAAUCUUCGAGAUGAUACCAAGGUCAUCCUAGAGCAAAUCUCUGCCAACAGCCAGAAGAAUCGAGCUGAGAGUGCCAAAGUGCAUCAUGCCAGCACCAAUGAGAAUAUAACUCCUGGAGAAUCAGAGGAAAAGGUUACUCCUGAGUCAGAUAAAACAGACUCUGAUAAAAAGCAGCAAUUUGGUGUCUCAGCAAGGUUUUCAAACUCAAUUAAAAACAAAGGCAAAGCCCAGGAUGCACCUGACUAUAUAGAUCCUUUAAUUAAGAGGAUGGACAGUUUUCGAAAAGAGAAACGAGUAUACAGCAGGUUUGAAGUUUUCUACAAGAAAGAGGACUCUUCAAAAGCAGAAGAGACUUCUCCAGGCCAACAAGGUGAUGGAUCACAAGAUUCGAAGGACACAGACAGUGGAGACAAAAAGAAAGCUUCAAAAAUAAUUCCCAAGCUUUUUGGGACAUUUAGAAGAUUUUAAUGCUCCAUGUAAUUUACUAAACUAAGUGGAGUUGAACCACAAGUACCCAGACUGCUAGUUGUUGGGUGCUUAUAUUGGUGAUUUUUGUUUAAAGGUGCAGAAUAUCGAACACUGCUAUAAAUUGUAAGAACAGUUAACCAUAUACAAAUGCUUCAAAUAUCAGAUUUUAGAUAAGUGCAGUAACAUACAGCAAGACAAGGAAGAUAGCACUCUGAUCCACUCACUGUAGUGAAAGAAUCUUUAAAAGUUGGAUGAGAGUCAAGAGAUUGUUUGGAGAAGAAAGAUGUGUAGACCUGGGCAUUAAAUACUUUCAUUUUACAAUCUACCUUCUGUUUAGGAUUUCAUGGUGCUGGCAGAAUAUAUACAAUUUUAUAAAGUCAACAACUGAAAUGAGUGGGGCCGGGUCUGUUGUCAUUAACAGCACUGGAAUACUGGUACCUGAACAUAGUCUUGAACAUAGAGUCACCUUGAAAGAAGAGAAGGUUGAGCACUCUCAGAAACUGGGGAAGAAUAUACAAAAGCAGAUAAUUAGUUGCUCUCAGCUACCUUCCCCCAGCCCCACCCCCCCUCCCAUUUAUCUCUCUAUCCUCGACGGUCCCAGCUUCAUUCCUGAUGAAGAGCUUCUGUCCGAAAUGUCGAUAUUCCUGCUCCUCGGAUGCUGCCUGACCUGUUGUGCUUUUCCAGCGCCACACGCUCGACUCUAAUCUCCAGCAUCUGCAGUCCUCACUUUCGCCCAGAUAAAUAUUAAGUGAAGAAGGCUGAUUUUAAAUGGGCUAUUUUAGGGGUAGCAAGAGAAACAGUGAGAUGAACAGAGAAAUAAUUGCCUUCAUACAUUAGACAAGUUGUGUACAAGAAGUGAGGUGUUCCAAAAUGCCAAAGAUGCAGCCAGCCAUAUACAAACUUGCAUUUAUAACAUGGGAUCCACUUCAUGACUAAGUGGGAAGUUAUAAUUUCCUUUUGCUUUUCUAAAAAAACGUUGGUAGCAGUUAAAUGUCUACGAUUGGUCAAGCAAAUGUAAUGUAACCUCAGAUUUGCAUAGUGCAAAUGGGUUAGCUAUUUGGGUCAAUUGUUUGCUAUGUAUAAAGCCAGUAAUUUCACCUACUAGUUCCAGACUGACCAGUGUUAACAUCUAUGUUAAUCUUUUGCACAAACCAGUUCAGUUUAAAUAUUUUCACUUUCUAUUUCCUCUCCCAUCCUAAUUAGGAACUUGUGUUUUAAGGUACAGCUUCACACACACUGACCAUGUUCACAUCCCUCACAAAAGUGGCUAUUCUUAAUUGUUAGCCUUGAUUGAAACUAUCUGACAUCACUGUCUUGCUUAUUGUUUAUGCGCACACCUUUUCCAACGAGUGACACUGAUGUGAGCACCCUGUCAGAUAUUGUUUUCUCCCAGGUCUGAGAAUGUGUGAGCUACUUUAUGGAGUCUUUGGUUUCUGAUAAUAAUGUUUAUGAUAAACAAGGUUUACAUUGAAUUCACUCGAUCUUCCUUGUGUUUUUAAAAUUAGCUUCCUCUUAUAUAGAGCAAUACUAUCUGCUCUGUGCAAGGUUCUGAACCAUGCCUUUGAUUUCUUGGUGACGAUCUUAUAUUGCUAAAUCUAAUCGAUGGGAUUAACAAGUACUUGCUUUUCUUCUUCCUCAUGAUAGACAUUCAGUUCCAUUUUGAAUGCACUGAUAGAUGAAAUGGCUACACUGUGCUUGUGAGCUUGAUUAGAAACAGCUAUUUAUGCAAUGUAUACCAAAUGUAAAUACUUUUGAUACUGUGCAUGUUCGUUGUCUACAUCCAUUAACAAAGCUGUUAUUUUGUAAUAAGAGAGAUGAGGGAAAGGCUUACGUUAACAAAUGUAAAUUCACUCUGUAUUUAAGCCUUUGCUGUACAUGUCCUUGAGAGAAUCAGGGACCCUAUAGACAGAGCUUUUUUUUCAGUUUAAAAGAGUAGAGGAGGCUUUACUCUAUAUGUAACCCCAAAGUGUCCCUGUCCUGGGCAUGAUUGUUGGUGAUUGUGUAAAGGAAGUUUUACCAUUUAUCUCACCCCUAACCCCUAUCAUACCUAAUAUGGGUGUGUCUGACCAUAAGACACAAGUGUAGAAAUUAAACCAUCUGCCCAUCGAAUCUGCUCUGCCAUUCACUCAUGGCUGAGAAGUUUCUCAAACUCAUUCUCCCACUUUCUCCCCAUAACCUUAGAUAGGUUCUUGAUUGUCAAAGGGACCAAUCUCUGUUUUAAAUAUACUCAAUGACCAGGUUUCCACAGCCUUCUGUGACAAUGAUUCACCACUCUCUGGCUUAAGAAUUUUCUCCUCAUCUCCGUUCUAAAAGGUCUUCCUAAGGCUGUGUCCUCAGGUCCUAGUCUCUCCUGCUAAUGGAAAUCUCUUCCCAAUGUCCACUCUGUCCAGGCCAUUCAGUAUUCUGGAGGAGCAGAUGUCUUGACCUUCCUGGGAAGGUACAUGCAGGUUAAAGGAGGCAACACAGAUGUCGUGGAUCCCUUAGGAAUCUGGACCAGCAGGCGGCAGGUCAAAGUAACCCUGAAGGUGGACACCAGUAGGAACAUCCUCCAUCCACUCUGCAGCUUUGCAAUCAGGGAACAGUUUCAAGAAAGCUUUUCUUUCAGUUUAAAAGAGUACAGAUAGAUUUCUAUCUAUCUUACUCCCGUACUGUUCCAACAGUGUAAGGAGAGCAUUACUCUGUAUCUACCCUGUGCUGUCCCUGUUCUGAGAGUGUUGAGUAUUGACAAUAGGCUCCUGAAAUGCAAAGUCUUGCAAUCUGCUGCACAAGCCCUUCAACAAGUUCAAAGCUAAUGGAUGUGAAGAUGUGGAAGGCUUUUGGAGAGUACAAAUCCACUUUCCAAUGACUGUAAUAUUUAUUGGAAAGAUGAUUGAACAGUUAGACAACAAAUGAGACAAUGUCAGCCUCUGCUAUGAAAAAGCAGGAUUUCCUAUUGCCCCCUGGACACUGUAACUAUCUAGAUCUUCAGGAAGGGAGAAACAUGGAAUUAUUUAAAUUAAAUUUUGCUAUUUUGUGUGUCCAUAUAUUUUACACCUAGAAGGGAAUAUUUUCUGUAGUUUAUUAAUUUGAUGUUGAAAGCAUUUCUUGACCAUCAAGACAAGGAAGGUUUAACUGGGAAGAACAUUUUGUAGUCAUUUUAAUUUAGUUCCAGUUUUCAGAGUCAUGCUGGCUCUGGCAUUAGGCACCUUCCUCAAUUGGCCGUUCAUCUUUGGAUGCAUGUAAACACAUUAACUAGCCAUGGAAGAUGUAACCCAGUCAAAGUCUGUCCUGAUAUACUUGCCUUCUACCAGAUAGGGCUACUCUGGCUAGUUUUUUUUUAAACCUCAGACGGACUGCACUUCAAGAAGGCAGCUCGUCACUAUCUUCUCAAACGCAACUAGGAAUUGGAAAUAAAUACUGGACCGCCAGCAAUGCCCACAUCCACAAGAAAAGUUUUAAACUGUUGUUCUGCCGAGGCAACUGAGUCUGUAUUUGGCCGUAUCCCAGGUUACACUGUUGUAAGCCUUGCCUGCUCCAAAUCAAGAGAAAAUAUUACCAGUGAAGACAUUAAAAAACAAAGUAGAUGUGCUUCAUCUGUGUGGAACACAGGCGAGACUGCACUUUGGAGUCUUGAGUUCUGUCUGGUCUGCCUGCCUAAACAAAGAUAUUCUUGCAGCAGUGAAUGCAGCAGUGGUUCACCAGACUCAUCCCUGGGAUGGGGAACUGUCCUAGAAGGAGAGAUUAAGCAGAUCAAGCUAGUACUCUCUGGAAUUUAGAAGAAUGAGAGACAAGCUGAUAGAAGCUCACAAUAUAUAGAUUUCCCAGUAACCAAGGAGUCCAGAAUCAGGGUUCACGGUCUGAGUACACAAGGAAGCCAUUUAGGAUUGAGAUGAGGAGAGGCUUAUUCACCCAAAGAGUGGCAAGCCAGUGGAAUUCUCUGCCACAGAAAGUGAUUGAGGCCAGUGAGGAGUUAGAUAUUGUUCUUGGGGCUAAAAGGAUCAAAGGGUUAGGGAAAAUGCAGGAACAGGGUACUGAGUUGGAUCAUCAACUGUCAUAAUUUUGAAUGGCCUCCUUGUAUUUUCUAAGUUUCUUUUUGGAAUAGAGAGAUUUGGUGCAGAAAGGGAGUUUCUGCUGGCAGAGUGGGUUUCUCGAACCAGGGAAAGCAGUCUCAGAGUAGAAGGCAAACCGUUUAGGACUGAGAUGAGUAGGAACAUCUUCACUCAGAAGGAUGAAUUCUCAGCUCUUGAGGACUGUGGAAUAUCAGUCAUUAAGCUCAAGAACGGUGAAUAUAUUUUCAGUUACUAAUGACAUCAAAUCAUAUGGCAAUAGCUUGGGAACGUGGCAUUGAGGCAGAGUAUAAGACACGGUCUAGAAGGCCCAUUCUCCCUCCCCCUUCCCCCCCCUCCCCCCCAAACCUUGGUCUUAUUUAAGAAAAAACAAGUGUUAAAGUAUUUCUGUGGGGAUGAGGAUUGCAGACUACAUGAACAAGUGUGAUGUUAGAUUUGCUUUAUUCCAGGUGAUAUCAGCGUGACCUGGCUGCACCAGUGAGGAAGGGCAGAGCAGAGAAAACUGCCUUUGUAGCAUUCUCUUUAUCUUCAAUUAACUUAAAUGCAAUAUGGCCUUCUGAAAGGAACCAUACUUUCCAAAUUUAUUUGCAAAAUCAAGGAUAGAUAUCUGUUUAAUCUAACAGGGUAGGGGAUGGGGCAGAUUAACAAAAUACUAGGCAAGUUUCAACACACAUGCUAAUAUAACUGGAACAAAAGUACCUUUUAUACAUGUACAAUGCUUUGAUUACUGACCAUAUUGUUCUGGAAAUCUCAGUACAAUAUGUAGUAAACCAUAUUCUCUUGGAUUUCAGCACAGCAGCAGCUAAAUAAACAGUGUAUGGUUUAUAUUGA